AUGGCGCUCACCCUGGCUGCCAUUGACGAGCUCCGUCUCAACGUCUCCUUGAGUUCUGCCACCUCACAGUUCCCGGGGCGUUGGGAAGAACUGCGGGAUGCCACUCUCAGCGUCCUCCUGGUUCUGUUCCAUUUUUCACUUCUCCGCCUCUGGCGCUACUGGCGGUACCUUGCGGGCGGCAACGCCUCAUACGAAGCGGUUGCCGCGUCCCCGAAAAUCGCGGAGGACCCAGGUCCUCCGAAGGAGGUCCAAGAGACUUCUACGAGGGAAGAGAUCUUUUGCCAAAAAGUGCCUUGA